GUGUCAUCGCUGACAUCGCUGACAUGCUCUCUGCUUUCUCUGCCUGAUACAUGCCUUGAAAAGGCGACCAGUUUCCAUUUUUGUUCAAAUUUUAGUUUUUUCCUCUUCUUCUUAUCUCUCUUUUGAUCCCUCUUUGCACAUCCUUCAAGUCAUGGAGACUGACGGUUUUUCAACGACAAUAACGGAGGCCACGCAACUGGUGAGGCUUCGUUGCUCAGUUAAGAACUACGAUUGGGGACGCAUCGAACGGGAAUCCUGUGUGGCGCGGCUCUACUCUCGCAACACUGGGGAGGAGGUCCGGGAGGACAUUCCCUAUGCUGAGUUGUGGAUGGGGACCCACGACUCCGGCCCUGCUUACGUGGUUGCUUCCUCUGACAAUGGGCUUACCAAUGGCGGUGUGAAAGAGGAGAAGUUCUCGCUGACUUUGAAGGACUGGAUUCAACGGAACCCUACUCUUGUCGGCGAGAAGGUGGUUCAGACUUGGGGUCCUGAUCUACCGUUUCUUUUCAAGGUGCUUUCUGUUGCAAAAGCUUUGUCGAUUCAGGCUCAUCCUGAUAAAGAUUUGGCUGCUCGAUUGCACAAGGAGCAGCCGGAGGUGUAUAAGGAUGCUAAUCACAAGCCCGAGAUGGCUUUAGCACUUACAGAAUUUGAAGCUUUAUGUGGGUUCGUUAGCUUUGAGGAGCUCAAACUUGUAGUCCAAACUGUACCGGAGAUUAGGGAAAUUGUUGGGAGUGGGCAUGUAGAGGAGGUGCUACAUGAAAGUGCACACGAAGUGGGUGAGAGAGCAAAACCAAUUCUUCAGUCGUUAUUUACAACUCUUAUGUCAGCUAGCAGUGAUGUGAUUUCGCAAGCUCUAACCAAACUCAUAAGCCGGUUGAAUGUUAAAAAUGAGGAAAGAGAGUUAACUGACAAAGAACAGCUAAUCUUGAGACUUGAAAAGCAAUAUCCAAGUGAUGUUGGAGUUAUAGCAGCGUUCUUGUUUAAUCAUGUGAAACUUAGUCCUGGUGAAGCUUUGUAUUUGGGGGCAAAUGAACCUCAUGCAUACCUGUUUGGUGAGUGCAUUGAAUGUAUGGCAACCUCGGACAACGUUGUGCGUGCUGGCCUCACACCAAAGGACCGUGAUGUCAAGACCCUUUGUUCCAUGCUCACAUACAAUCAGGUGUUCCCUAAAAUCCUUAAAGGAGAUGCUUUGAGUCAUUAUACAAAGAGAUACAGCCCUCCCUUUGAUGAGUUUGAGGUAGACCACUGCAUUCUCCCUGGACUAGUAACCACAGUUUUCCCAGCAGCUCCCGGCCCGUCUAUUUUUCUGGUUUUCACUGGAGAAGGAACAAUGACCACAAGGUCAUCCAACGAGGCAGUCGCCGAAGGAGAUGUUCUGUUUGUGCCUGCAAACACAAAUGUCACCGUCUCAACCGCCACAACUGGUCUAAGUGUGUUUAGAGCUGGAGUGAAGUCAUCUUUCUAAAUACAGGAAUGAUAAAAGUCAUGUGAAAAAUAGUCCUUGUUUAUACAUGUUAUGAGUGUGAGGGGUUGCUUGUAAUAUAUUUAUGCAAUGAUGAGGAAUAACAUACAUACCCCACUUUUGUACAGUGUCAUUAUAGUGAUAGUGAUGUAAUAUACAAAAAAAAGGAUGAUACCCCAUCCCUGAGGGCCCCCAACCUUGACCAGACGGUACGUUAGGAGGAUGUAAUAUAAUCUCAAUCUGACAGAUAGAGAGUGAAGCUAUGUCCCCGGUACUUGCAGAGGCUCUAUGCAUAUUUUAGCAUAGUAACCCUCAUUUUGCCGGGAUUCGAAAUCGGGACCUAACCCUUGUGUCACUCCCUCGCUACCAGUUGAGCUACGUCCACCAGUAGUGAUGUGGUAUUAUACAAAAACAAUAGCAAGGUAGAACUCUGAAUUUCCUUUGUGCAGAAAAAAUGAAAAAAAGAUAGAUUGGAGUACGAUACGGAUGUCUUUCCAAGGCGGAAGCAUUCCAUAUCAUAGGCGAGAUUGCUAGAAGAAAUAUUAAAGAACUCAAAUUCGUGUGCUUGAACUUUUUAGUAAAAAACAAUUUACAAUAACAGUAAUAUGUGUGACAUGUGCUUAUACACUCUGUAUGUGUCUAUAUAUGUUUGUGCGUGUGUAUAUGGGAG